AUGUCAUACACUUCGGCCCUUACCACCACCUUGCAGAACUCGCAAUUGCGGCUUCUGAACCGGUUGCGUACAAAGUCGAAACCAAUAAUGACUUUUAUCGGUCUACCGUCUUUUCGCAUGGCACAAAUCGUAGCCUCAACCGGAAUGGACGGCAUCAUCAUUGACUGCGAGCACGGGCAAAUCAGUGACGAUGCCAUGCACAACUCUGUCGCCGCUAUUGCAUCCCAGGGCGUCUCUCCACUUGUCCGCACCAGGAUGACACACCCAGAUCUUAUCAAACGCGCUCUGGAUGCUGGUGCCCAUGGCAUUGUUGUGCCCAUGAUCAAUACCGCAGAGGAUGCUAAGGCCGUGGUGCAAAGUGCCAAGUUUCCUCCUCAGGGGAUCAGGGGGCAAGGCUCGGCCUUUCCUGGUUUCGCAUUUGGGGUCGAUAUACCGACGUAUAUUAACACGGCCAAUGAGACAAUUCUGACUUGUCUACAAAUCGAGUCCAAACAAGGCGUUGAAAACGUCGAUGCCAUCUGCGCCGUCUCAGGUGUCGACAUGAUCUUCAUAGGCCCUAACGACCUAGCCCUCUCAAUUUUAGGUUACGUUCCGGCGAAAGGUGACGAACCCGAGUUUAUCAACGCCAUGGAGAAGAUUGUGAAUGCGGCUAGAAAACACGGAAAAUGGGUUGGUCGGUUGUCAAAUGACGCAGUUGCGGCUAAGAAGCAUCUGGACACGUUUGACACGGUUGCGCUUAGCUAUGACGUUCGUGUAAUUAAGAAUUGGUAUUCUGCUGAACUUAAAGCUAUACGCUCGCUAUAA